GAGGCCGCGACUGCUCACUUCCGGCGCGGGGCUCGACGAUCUCUCCCCCUCCCCCGCCGCCGCCCUCAGCCUUCUCAUCCCCCGCCCUUCCACCAUGGCCGCCUCUGUGUGGUGUAGGGAGCAGCUGGUCCUCCGUGUCCUCCUAUAGCGCUUACUGCCUCACCCUCACCCUUAGGGCCCGGAGCCAAAGAGCCUCGUUCCCCAGCCCUUGGGGCAGCAGCCUGGAGGGUUUCCUACCCCUAUCUGGGGGGCAGGACUCUUCUUUCACCCCCACCUCGAGGCAGAAACUUAGGGUUUUCCCUCCUUCUCUUAGGGUCAGAAGCCAGAAAGGGCUCCCCUUCCACUUUUUCACGGGGGAAGCCUCUCGAACCCUUCCCAUAGAGGCACAGAGCCUCGCCCCAGCACACAGCGGAGCUAACGGCUUUGCCUGCGCACUGCCACUCCAGAGGCAAGACCCUGAGGACCGGCUGCCUUCGCCCCUACGCGGGCGCGGCCUUUCGGAGAGGAGGGAGGAGUGGAGAGGACGGGGACGCUGCCCUCCUCCUCUCGUUCCUCUUGCCCCCCGUCCCUGGCAGCCCAGAGUUCCCUAUUUCUAGGACUUUCCUCCCAUCUACUCCCUGACCUUUUCCCGUCUCCGGGCUGCAGCCAUGGAGUUACAGAAGGGAAAGGGGGCAGCAGCAGCAGCUGCUUCGGGAGCAGCGGGAGGUGGAGGAGGAGGAGCGGGAGCAGGAUCCCCAGGAGGGGGGAGGCUGCUACUUUCAACCAGUUUGGAUGCCAAGGAUGAGUUAGAGGAGAGGUUGGAAAGGUGUAUGAGCAUCGUGACGUCAAUGACCACUGGUGUCUCAGAGAGAGAAGCCAAUGAUGCCCUCAACGCCUAUGUAUGCAAAGGUCCACCCCAACACGAGGAAAUCUGCCUGGGCCUCUUUACUCUUGUCCUCACCGAACCUGCCCAAGCCCAGAAGUGUUACCGGGACUUGGCUCUGGUGAGUCGUGAUGGUAUGAAUAUUGUCCUGAAUAAAAUCAACCAGAUACUUAUGGAGAAGUACCUGAAGUUGCAGGAUACCUGUCGUACUCAGUUGGUGUGGUUGGUACGGGAACUAGUGAAGAGUGGGGUUCUGGGAGCUGAUGGUGUUUGCAUGACAUUUAUGAAGCAGAUUGCAGGUGGAGAUGUUACAGCCAAAAAUAUCUGGUUGGCAGAAAGUGUUCUGGAUAUCCUGACGGAGCAGAGGGAAUGGGUACUGAAGAGCAGCAUCCUCAUUGCCAUGGCUGUGUACACAUACCUCCGCCUCAUUGUGGACCACCACGGGACCGCUCAGCUCCAAGCCCUGCGGCAAAAGGAAGUGGAUUUUUGCAUCUCGUUGCUUCGGGAACGGUUUAUGGAAUGUUUGAUGAUUGGCCGAGACCUCGUAAGACUGCUUCAGAAUGUUGCUAGGAUACCAGAAUUUGAACUGCUUUGGAAAGAUAUUAUCCAUAACCCUCAGGCCUUGAGUCCUCAGUUCACAGGUAUCCUACAGCUGCUUCAGUCAAGAACAUCCCGAAAAUUCCUAGCAUGUCGUCUAACCCCAGACAUGGAGACUAAGCUCCUCUUCAUGACUUCCCGGGUUCGGUUUGGUCAGCAAAAGCGAUACCAGGAUUGGUUCCAGCGCCAGUACCUGUCAACCCCAGACAGUCAGUCUCUGCGUUGUGACCUCAUCCGCUACAUCUGUGGGGUGGUCCACCCUUCUAAUGAAGUGCUGAGUUCAGAUAUCUUGCCCCGAUGGGCCAUCAUUGGCUGGCUCCUGACAACAUGCACGUCCAAUGUUGCUGCCUCUAAUGCCAAGCUGGCUUUGUUUUACGACUGGCUGUUCUUUAGUCCAGACAAGGAUAGCAUUAUGAACAUAGAACCAGCCAUCCUGGUCAUGCACCACUCCAUGAAGCCCCACCCUGCCAUCACCGCCACACUCCUGGACUUCAUGUGCCGCAUCAUUCCCAACUUUUAUCCACCACUGGAGGGCCACGUGCGGCAGGGUGUCUUUUCCUCCCUCAAUCACAUUGUGGAGAAACGGGUCUUGGCACCCUUGGCUCCCCUGUUUGACAACCCCAAAUUGGAUAAAGAGCUGCGGGCAAUGCUGAGAGAGAAGUUUCCUGAGUUCUGCAGCUCUCCCUCCCCACCCGUAGAAGUCAAAAUUGAGGAGCCAGUUUCCAUGGAGAUGGACAACCAUAUGUCAGAUAAGGAUGAAAGUUGCUAUGACAAUGCAGAGGCUGCCUUCAGUGACGACGAGGAGGAUCUCAACAGCAAAGGAAAGAAGAGAGAGUUUCGAUUCCACCCUAUCAAGGAGACGGUUGUGGAGGAGCCAGUUGAUAUCACCCCGUACCUUGACCAAUUGGAUGAGUCCCUCAGGGACAAAGUACUCCAGCUGCAGAAGGGGAGUGAUACAGAGGCCCAGUGUGAGGUCAUGCAGGAAAUCGUGGACCAAGUCCUGGAGGAAGACUUCGAUUCGGAGCAGCUGUCUGUCCUUGCUUCCUGCCUGCAAGAACUCUUCAAGGCCCACUUCCGAGGGGAGGUGCUGCCCGAGGAGAUCACUGAGGAGUCUCUGGAAGAGUCUGUAGGGAAGCCCCUCUACCUAAUAUUUAGGAACCUGUGCCAGAUGCAGGAAGACAACAGCAGCUUCUCUCUGCUGUUGGACCUUCUCUCCGAGCUCUAUCAGAAGCAACCCAAGAUUGGCUACCACCUGCUCUACUACCUGAGGGCCAGCAAAGCCGCCGCAGGAAAGAUGAACUUGUAUGAGUCAUUCGCCCAGGCCACCCAGCUGGGUGACCUGCACACCUGCCUGAUGAUGGACAUGAAGGCCUGCCAGGAGGAUGAUGUACGGCUGCUGUGCCACCUCACGCCUUCCAUCUACACAGAGUUUCCAGAUGAGACCUUGAGGAGCGGGGAGCUGCUAAACAUGAUUGUGGCUGUUAUUGACUCUGCACAGCUCCAGGAGCUGGUCUGCCAUGUGAUGAUGGGGAACUUGGUCAUGUUCCGAAAAGACUCUGUCCUCAACAUCCUCAUCCAGAGCCUGGACUGGGAAACCUUUGAGCAGUAUUGCGCCUGGCAGCUCUUCUUGGCCCACAACAUCCCCCUGGAAACCAUCAUCCCCAUCCUGCAGCACCUCAAAUACAAGGAGCACCCAGAAGCCCUGUCCUGCCUGCUGCUUCAGCUUCGAAGAGAGAAGCCCAGCGAGGAGAUGGUGAAGAUGGUGCUGAGCCGGCCCUGCCACCCCGACGACCAGUUCACCACCAGCAUCCUGCGGCACUGGUGCAUGAAGCACGACGAGCUGCUGGCCGAGCACAUCAAGUCCCUGCUCAUCAAGAACAACAGCCUCCCUCGGAAGAGGCAGAGCCUGAGGAGCUCUAGCAGUAAGCUGGCCCAGCUGACCCUGGAGCAGAUCCUGGAGCACCUGGACAAUCUACGGCUCAACCUGACCAACACCAAGCAGAACUUUUUCAGCCAGACCCCAAUCCUCCAGGCGCUGCAGCACGUCCAGGCGAGCUGCGAUGAAGCCCACAAGAUGAAGUUCAGUGAUCUCUUCUCUCUGGCGGAAGAAUAUGAGGACUCUUCCACCAAACCGCCCAAGAGCCGACGAAAAGCAGCUCUGUCCAGCCCUCGCAGUCGCAAGAAUGCCACACAGCCCCCCAACGCAGAAGAGGAGUCGGGCUCAAGCAGUGCUUCUGAAGAAGAAGACACAAAACCGAAGCCCACCAAGCGGAAACGGAAAGGGUCCUCUGCAGUGGGUUCUGACAGUGACUGAGGAUCUGUAUUCCCAGCCCCACCCCCAGUUGGACUGCCCUCUCCUCCUUGGGGAAUCAAAGGUUAAUAUGGGCUGGGGCCACAGUAGGGGAAGCACCCUCUCCCCAUUCCCAGGCUUACCCAGUUGGAAGGAUGAUCCUCCUCCUUGGCCUGGCCUGGCCCAGCCCUAGAAGCUGCCAUGCAGCCCCAGCCCCUCCCCUCCUCUCCUGGGACCUCCAGCCCCCUCACAGUGCUGCUCCUCCCACUGAUACUUGGGUUCUCAUACAAGCCAGGGUUGUGCAAAAUGUAACCGAAGUGGCAGUCCUCAACCCCCUGCUCCCUCCCCAAACCUCUCUCCUGGUUUCCCCAAGAGCCACUGCAACAGGGAAGGGAAAUCAGGAAGGGCCGGAGAAGAGCUGGGAUGAGAGUAGGCUCUGUGUGAGUGUCCGUCCUGCUUCCCCCUUCGGGUCUUGAUUUGCUCUGAGCAGGUGUCUUAGUCACUGUCCACACCCCAGUGUGAAAUGGGUGCCUCAUCCACACGGUGGGGGUGCCGUUGCUCACCGUGGAGUAGAGGCCACAGCAUUGAGAAGGAACCUGAAAGGGAGCCGCAGCCCACGUAGCAGGAGCUGGAGGCUGACGUUGGCACUUCAGGCUGGGCCAGAGCUCGGGGCAGUCCCAGAGGCAGGUUCCACAGAACUGUCACGUGGUCUCAUUUCCUUGGUUCUGUUUUUUUUUUGUUUUUCUUUUCUUGGGGCAGAUUGUCGUGUUUUAAAAGUUGUUUUUAAAAUGACAAUAAAGCCAGAACCUCUUUUGUGCCGGAGUUGCCACCCACUUUUACCCUGUGCAUGUACAGGUGGUCUCAAUUUAAUUGGCACCCCCCCCACACACACACACACACACUUGUGGCUCACAACUUCCUCCUCUCCCUUUCUGCCCUACCUCCCCCAUUGUCUAGACCCUGAGGCCACCCCUCAUCCUUCCUGCCACUACUGUCCACGCAGCGGUGGAUGCUGGCACGUCUCCCUCUGGGAUGGCCUGUCCUUAGCCGCUGCUCACUCACUGUGUGGUAUCACACUUCUGGAGAACUGAUUGAGGGUGGGAGUGCUCCAACUUGGGUCUGGACAGAGAAGAGUCCAACUUGGGCCUGGUGGGGAGAGUCCAGAUACCAGGGACAGGGCCUCUCCCUUCCACAGUCCUGGCCACUGCUGAUCCUCAUUUGUCUCCCUGCAUGAGCCUGGGAGUAGAGGAGUGAGACGGGGGCUGACUGCAGAUGGUCCUGCACGUUUGUCCUUACCAAAUCCAGGUUCUCGCCUCAGCUGCUACUCCUUCCUUUGAAAAGCUAAACCACUGGAGGCUUUUUUCCUUCCUCUCUUCCCAGUUUCCUCUGCCCCAAUUAAAACCAGGAUGAUGGAAA